AUGUUGCGACAAAAUGAAUCUAUCAGAAACAUUAAGCCAAGCGACACGAAACAGUCUUCGGGCACUCAGCACAACAGUUUUGGAUCGAUUGACGAGAAUUUCUCAACAACCGCUGGUGACAUUAGACGCAAUUUAAAAGGCCAUCUGGGAUUGAAUCUACUUCAUUCACCCUUGCAAACGCUCGUCGAAUUUAUCUUUGUGCACGGCCUUGGUGGUGGUUCCAUGAAAACAUGGAGCAACUCAAGCUCUAUAUCAGACUACUGGCCGCAAGCAUGGCUUCCAGAAGAUCCAGCGUUCAAGAACACUCGUAUACACAGCUUUGGGUAUAAUUCAGACUGGAACAAGGGCGACGAUAAUUGCCUAAAUAUACAUCAUUUUGCUAAGUCACUGCUUGGAGAGCUCAGUACUUCUCCAUCGUUAAGCAGCGCCAGCACUCCAAUAGUUUUUAUUGGACAUAGCAUGGGAGGUUUGGUUGUCAAGAAGGCAUAUCUUUUGGCAAGGCAGGAUGCUUUUUACGAUACCCUUGUGAAACGAAUUCACACGAUGUACUUCUUCGCAACGCCUCAUAGAGGGUCCGACUCGGCCAAGCUAUUAGAACAUCUGCUUCAAAUCACCUACUCUUCUCGGGCUUAUGUCUCAGAUCUUAAACGUGGCUCUGAAGCUCUACAGUCCGUCAAUGACGAGUUCCGCAAAUAUUCGGACAUGAUAGAGUUCUGGUCGUUCUACGAGACUAAGAAGCUUAAAGUGGGAUUCUUUAGCACACUUAUUGUUGACCCGGAUUCUGCUACACUUGGAUAUCGCGAAGAGCACCAGAUUCCACUGAACGCUGAUCAUCGCUCAAUCUGCAAGUUUGGAACGCCGCAGGAUCCGAACUACAUAACAGUUCGGAACGCGCUUGCCUCCACUGUUACCAGGAUAUCCCAUUUAGUACUGAACUCGAAGGAAAGUAUAGCGCGUACUCAGAUUAAAGACCUUAAAGAAUAUCUUGGGGCUCCCGAGACUCUGGAUGACCUGAUUCUUGUCGAAGACGCUCGUAUGCCCGGUACCUGUGAAUGGUUGGAAACGAAGAAAAGCUAUGUGAGAUGGAGCAGCUUCGACUUUAAGGCUCCACAUAUAUUUUGGGUCGAUGGGAAGCCAGCAGCGGGAAAAUCCGUUCUCGCUGGGUAUAUCAUUGACAAAUUACGGAGGAAAGGAAACUGCAGCUUUUACUUCUUCAAGUAUGGGGACAAAUCUAAGUCUCGUCUAGACAACUGUUUACGAUCACUGGCUUUCCAGAUGGCAUGUAAAGACUCCCACGUACAACAGGCGAUCUUGGAAAUGCAAAAGAAUGACAUCAAACUUGACAGCACCGAUGAACGCAUUAUAUGGAGAAAGCUCUUCCUCUCUGGUAUUUUCCAGGCAAAAUUAGAGAAACAUUAUUGGGUCAUUGAUGCUCUAGAUGAGAGUGCGAAUAUAGCUUCUUUUUUCGAUACCGUGCUGGCCAAGCUUGAUUUGUCCAUACCACUACGAAUUUUAGUCACAAGCAGAGAGCGCGCUGAAAUAGGAAAGCAUCUUAGCGGCCUCGAUUCUCACGCAUUUCAAUCUGAAAAGAUCUCAACAUCUGAUACCCUUAAUGACAUUAAGCUUCUCGUCGAGGCGAGGGCAAGAUCAUUAAUGGUAAAAGAUGAUAAAGAUCGUGUUGUUCUGAUGGACAAAAUACUUGAAAAAUCCCAGGGCUCAUUUCUGUGGACUGUUUUAGUCCUUGAUGAGCUUUCAUAUUCCUAUACUAGGCUGGAAAUUAACCAAGUCCUAGAGGAGGUUCCUCCAGGUAUGGAGCUCUUAUACCAAAGAUCUCUGGACUCAAUGUCGCUAGCAUCACGGGGAAAGCAACUUAGCAGUGCUAUUCUCACGUGGUCCACAUGCGCAACUAGGCCGCUAAAAUCGAAUGAACUAGCAUAUGCCCUAAAGUUGGAUACGGGGGACAGCUUUCCUAAGCUGCAAGAUGCUAUUGGGGCUGUCUGUGGCCAGCUUGUAACGGUUGACAAGUUUGACAACGUACGGUUGGUACAUGAGACAGUCCGAGAAUUCCUCCUAAGAGACGACUUGGCAUCUGAGUUUGCCAUCAACACAGGAGUGGCUCACACACGGAUUGCACGGGUGUGUCUCCUGUACCUUACUGGGGAAGAGAUGAAGCCCCCUCGGUCCAGACGUAGCGCAAGCGUGUUUACUGGGGAGCAAAGGGCAGAAUUUUCUACAUAUGCAUAUGCGACAUUCUCCUAUCACUUGUCGAAAGCUGACCCGCUCGCACAUGAUGUUUUUCUACUCCUCGACAAGUUCUUAAAAUCAAACAUCCUGUCUUGGAUUGAGGUCAUUGCACGGUCCAAAGAUCUCACGCCCCUGAUUCGCACAGCAAAGCAUCUCAAAGUAUAUCUCAAUUCUUGCAAGGUGCAGAGAUCUCCACUUAGUGGGGCAAUGCAAACUAUUAAAGGCUGGACAACGGAUCUAGUGCGCAUCGCAGCGAAAUUUGCUGACGCGCUCAUAAUCUCACCCUCUUCGAUAUAUUCGCUUAUACUGCCUUUUUGCCCCAAGAAAUCCACUGUAUAUAAAACUACACAUCCAGGACGAAAACUAUCAGUGGUGGGGCUUUCAAGUACUGAAUGGGAUGAUCGGCUAACAUCCAUUGAGUUCCGUCAGAGCCAAACAACCGCCAUCUGCUACGGUGAUGAAUUUUUCGCAGUUGGUCUUAGUUCUGGGAGGAUCGCAGUAUACAAUGCCACAACUUACCAAGAAUACAGGUCACUGAAUCAUGGCGAGGCCGUAAGGAUAUUGCAAGUUGGAGGCAAACCGGAAUUGAUUGCAGCAUGUGGACUGGAAAGCAUCCACCUCUGGGAAAUUCGCCACGGCCACUUGAUUCACAGAUUUCAAUCUCCACAUCGGUCUGUAGGCCUCGCAUUCGAUAGGGAUUUGCUCAUAGUUGCCUGUUCGAAGAACUAUUUGACGUCUUGGGAUCUGAGCAAUGACGGGGUCCGACUCCCAGACAGGCCGUGGAAUGAUUCGGAAGAUACUAAUAUAAAGACGCGUCGUGUACCGUCAGCCAUAUCAAUAUCUGUUGGUCACCAAAUGUUAGCCGCCGUCUACAGCGGUAGACCAAUAACGCUUUGGGAUCUGCGGGAGGAUACAUAUUAUGGUAGCUGUGGAAAGAAAUUACCUGAUGGCGAAACGAGCACACAUUUGGUUACCGCCCUCAUUUUCAACCCUAAUCCAGCUAUCAACCGACUUGUUGCUUCUUAUCUGGAUGGGGAUCUUGUACUUCUCGACCCUUUUACAGACGAGGUCAUAGUCAGCCUCCGUGCGGAUUGCCAUACUUUAGCAACCAGUGCAGACGGAUGUCUACUUGCCGGCUCGGCUGGGUCUGGAAUUAUCCAGAUCUACGAAUUCGACACGUUGGCGAUGCUUUACCGUGUCCAGUCUUCCAGCUAUUACAUUAAACAGCUGGCUUUCAGUAAAGAUAGCCUCCAUUUCGCGGAUAUUAGGGGCUCAAAGUGCAAUAUUUGGGAGCCUACGGCUUUGCUGCGAAAUUCAAUAAGUGAUGAUAGUAGCGAAAACACAUCAACGACUGUCGUCGAAACUGUGGCGAUAGAUUCAAAGGCUAGAAUUAGUGUCAUGGUCGCGGACCCUAGCGAAGGAAUUGUUUUCUGCAGCAAGGAUGAUGGUUCUGUUUGCAUUUAUGACUUAAAUUCAGGUGUAAACCUACGGACAAUCUACAGCCACAAGUCUUCCGUUAGCACACUUGCUUGGUGGCCGCAGAGGAAGGUCAUCAUGAGUGCCGACGUCUCAAACAGAAUCUUUGCGUGGAGUCUGGAGUCACCGCGCGAACGAUUACUGGGUGACAAGGAGUUAUUUCAGUCUCGUCUUGGCUGUGGACAGGCAAUUACUCAAGUUUUACCGAGCGACACUGUUGGGAAAUUUAUACUCUCAACACGGGAGACUGACCACCUCUGGAAUAUUAGUGGUCAUGAGGAGGGCGUACGGGCAUUCAGGGAGCGACCGGGCAUAAGGAAAUGGAUCCAGCACCAGCAAUCUCCGCAUCACAUAAUAAGCUUCGAGGGAACAACGGCUCGCAUCUAUACGUGGAGUGACUGGUCAGAAGUUGCGACAGUGGAGCUCAACAUUGAUUUGACAGGACUGCAAAUAAAGAACAUUAUCCCGUAUGCAUCACGAAAUAGAAAGCGUGUCCUCAUUGAACUGUCAGAGUUGGAUGGGUCCGCCAACACAUGCGACCUUUACCUGCUCGGUGGUCUGCCAUAUUCCACCAAAUUUAUAAGACCAUAUGAAGCCAAUCUUGAAAAAUCUAAGAUUGGACUUGAGGCUGGCAAAACCUCAGAUGACGGGGAAAGAACCCAAGACGGCGACGUGCUAACACCUCUUAUAAGCAAGAGACUCUCGAGUCUCAAACACCAUGUUGCCCAUAUCAUUGGGCUUGAUGUAUCCAGUAGGAUUGUCUUCCUUGAUAAUUACUCUUGGGUUUGUUCCGUUGAUCUUGAGGAACCUGAAAACAAUCCCGUAUUGUACAUGAGACAUUUCUUUGUUCCUUACGAUUGGUUUUCUGGUGCAAGAAAUGUAGUUGCUUUGGUUACUCGACGAGAUGUCCUAAUCGCACGAAAUUCUGACGUCGCGAUUGUCCGAGCAGGCCUCGAAUAUGGACAGGCCUCGAAUAUGGACAGCGUUCAAAUAUGA